UAUUAAGUCAAUACUCGUUUAUCACUUCUCCCUUCUUUUCUGAUCUACAAUCUAUGUACAUAAUACAUUAUCAAAGAAAGUUCCUACAUAUAAAUCCUAUAAAGUUUCUUCCUUUUGAGAGUGUGAAGAGAACUUCAUAUUUCAAAAGAGAGUUUAAGGUGACUGCCAAGGUCGGAAAAUGGCCGGAGGAGGCGGAGGAAGAACACUGGAGCAAACUCCGACAUGGGCAGUUGCUAUAGUUUGUUUUAUUCUAGUUGCUAUUUCUAUUGUCAUUGAGUACAUCAUCCAUCUUAUUGCAAAGUGGUUGAAGUCAAAUCACAAAAAUGCUCUUUAUGAAGCACUUGAAAAGAUCAAAUCAGAGUUGAUGCUGCUGGGAUUUAUAUCGUUGCUGCUCACAGUCGGACAAGGUCCAAUUUCAGGUAUAUGUAUAUCUGAAAAAAUUGAAGCAACAUGGCACCCUUGCAAUAAACAGCAAGAGAAGAAAAAGUAUGAAGUCUCCAAUAUUGAAGUUGAACAGCGCCGAAAACUUCUCGAGUAUGGUGGCGGUGGUGGCGCACGACGGGUACUGGCUGGUGCCGGUACCGACAAAUGCGCACCCAAGGGUAAAGUUCCUUUUGUGUCUGCAGAUGCUAUUCAUCAGCUACAUAUAUUCAUCUUUGUUUUGGCUGUUUUUCAUGUCCUCUAUUGUAUCCUCACUUUGGCUUUGGGAAGAGCCAAGAUGAGACGUUGGAAAGCAUGGGAAAAGGAAACACAAACAAUCGAAUACCAGUUUUCACAUGAUCCUGAACGAUUUAGGUUUGCGAGAGAGACAUCAUUUGGACGAAGACAUUUGAGCUUUUGGAGCAAAACGCCCUUUCUAUUAUGGAUUGUUUGUUUCUUUAGGCAAUUCGUCAGGUCCGUUCCUAAAGUAGAUUAUUUGACCCUAAGACAUGGAUUUAUUAUGGCACAUUUGGCCCCCAAGAGCCACGCAAAAUUUGAUUUUCGGAAGUAUAUCAAAAGAUCAUUAGAAGAGGAUUUCAAAGUGGUUGUUGGAAUUAGUCCUCCAAUCUGGUUCUUUGCUGUUCUGUUCCUACUUUUCAACACUCAUGGCUGGUAUUCAUAUCUUUGGCUACCAUUUCUCCCAUUGAUUACCAUAUUACUAGUCGGGACCAAGCUACAAGUGAUAAUAACUAAAAUGGGGCUAAGAAUUCAAGAGAGAGGCGAGGUUGUUAAGGGUGUUCUUGUGGUCGAGCCUGGAGACGAUCUUUUCUGGUUUAACCGUCCUCGUCUCAUCCUCUACCUCAUUAAUUUCGUACUGUUUCAGAAUGCUUUUCAACUGGCCUUCUUUGCCUGGAGUACAUUUGAAUUCGGAUUGAGAUCAUGUUUCCAUGAACAUGUGGAGGAUAUCAUUAUUCGAAUCUCAAUGGGGGUUCUUAUACAGAUUUUAUGCAGCUACGUCACUUUACCACUUUACGCCCUUGUAACUCAGAUGGGAUCAACGAUGAGACCAACCAUAUUCAACGAUAGAGUAGCGGCUGCUCUUAGAAAUUGGCACCACAAAGCCAAAAAACACGUCAAGCAAAACAAAUCAGGCGCGGUAACAACAAUGUCAAGUCGACCCACAACGCCCACCCAUGGAACGUCGCCCCUACAUCUCUUGAGCCAUUAUAGGAGUGAAAUUGAAAUCAACGCUCACCAAAUUUCUCCACGAAAAUCAAACUAUGAUAUCGAUCAUUCGGACACCUUGAGAUUACCUUCUCCCACACACUUCCACCAAGGCAGUGGAUCAUCGAUGUACAACCACGACAUUGAGCUAGGGUCACGUGGCGGAGCUUCACCUCGAGCCGGUGGGGUCGCCCCGGCUUUCUCGCGAAAUCAAUAUUAACGGUGAAAGGAAUGACUGGAUUUUUCAUUUGACAAGACAACUUGUGCAUAUAUUUUCAAGGGGGAUGUGAGAGGUCGAAAAAAUGGCAAAUGGAAAAUAGAGGUCUUUUGUAACUCAACAGUAUAUGCAUGAAAUUGAAUUUGUAUACAUCAUUUGAUUAGGAAACGUCUUGGGUUUAUGACUCAAAUUAGAAAAAAAAAUUAUUUUCUUAUUUUCACUUGAUUUUA